GGCUACUCGAGUAUUGGAGAAACUUACAACAAUGCCCAACCUCACAGAAUCCGAUCUCAUCUUCUCCGAACAAGCCAACCACAAUUUCUCCAAGACCCUCGGGGAUUUGAAACGAUCGACGCUCUCCAUCCACAACCGCCUCCGGUCCAUUGAGGAAGAUGCCGCCUUUGCGCAAAGAGUACGCGAUGCCUUCGACAAGCCAUUGAUUGCGAACGAGCGGUGCGGAAGUUGGUACAUCCAUCCCAACACCAAAGGAGGAAGCGCAUAUUUCAAGAGUACGGAUGGCCAUACCGGUGUCUGGAAGUUCAGCUCCAGGAGGUUAAAUCUGCACCUUUUAGACGUCAUUGGGAAGCAUGAUGGGUUGGUACCUGUAUGAUGGACUUCGCAGGUGGGUUUGAUGCUGAAUUAGACGUGUAGAUGCAUUAUCAUUGACUCGACAAGGCGCGGCAAAAGUACGAAACAUGCCAGUCCUACCCCCUUCCGCAGUUCCUCACUAACUCCGCUAGGAAUGCCGGAUGCGCUCAGCAAAACCAUCCCAAUCUGGUGCAGUGUUGUAAACCGCGUAUUGUUUCCAGAGAAUCCCAAAUCUCACGACCUGCACACUCCUCCCCAAGCAGUCUCGUCUUCAGAGCACGCCCAAAUCACGGCCUUGCUUCCUUCAUUUCAGCAAGCUCUCGAAGCACUCGAUGUGCCUUUUGACAACCUCAAGCAUGAUAUCUCGAAGCCACUGCGCCCCAUGUGGGUAACGCCGGACUCCAACAUUACCACCACAACUAGCAUAUUUGAAGAUUAUCAUCCAAUCAUAUGCUGCACUGUUUCGAGACGAGUGGCAGGAGGAGAGGUGAGCGAAGGAGGGUACAUACAAGGCGCGGGCGACGACACGGAAAACUGGGCUCAUGGCCUGACGCCUACAAUUUUCUGGUCAAAUCGCGAAGCCCUCUUCUCUACUGACGAGGGGGAAUUGCCCGAUUUGAUCGAGAUAUUGGUAGGUCAAGGACGCGCAGCAGGGUCUGAUGCGGGAAGCCUACGAUGUGUGCAGCCGACAACAACUCUGUUUGUUGCCCAUGCACAGGCGUUGAGUGCAGCAGAUGUCGACCCGGAUUGCUUAACGAUUGUCUUGCUGCCAACAAUCUCCGGUCAGGAUACAUGGGCCACGUCAAGGACGAGGCUUGAUGUAGGACUCGGUCCCCACAAGGUGGGUAGUCGUAAUCUUCGAACCGCGCUCCCAUACAUCACACAAUUUCUAAAGAGCCACGUGUUGGACCAGAAGACGUCAGUGAAGCAGAUUAUUAUUGCUUGUGAAAGCGGCAAGGAUCUGUCGAUUGGUGCAGCUCUUGCGAUUCUUUGCUUGUUCUUCGAUAAUGAGGGCAGAAUAACAGACGCGAGCAACCCCGGGAUCGACAAGUCUUUCAUUAGAAGUCGUUUAGGGUGGGUUUCUACGUCAAUGCCUGAUGCAAAUCCAAACAGGGCUACAUUGCAAAGUGUGAAUAGCUAUCUAAUGGACCGCCCUGGUUUGAGAUAGAUCCAGCUGUCUACUUUCUAAAUUUGGGUGCUAUUUGCAAGCUGAAGCUUGCUUCAAAGACGUGAUCUUCAGCCCUUGUCGAUUUUGUCACUCAUCUCCAUCGCCAUAUCGCUUCACAAGCUUGCGCAUUGUUUCCAUUGCACUAUUCAGUGCGUCAGCUAAGUAUCACAUACUUUGUGGAUACGCUUACAGAUAUCUAAAUUUCAAGUUUCCCGGGUAUAGAGAUGAGGACAACAUGUCAAAUCGUCUGUAACGAUCCUAUAAGUAUAGCUUCUGAGUACUAGAUAACAGACUUACAAUGAAUACAACGCUCCACGAUCUUCAAAU